AUGGACAUGAAUACAUUUGGUCGGUUAUGUCGUAUUCUUAGGGAUAGGAGUGGUUUAAUUGACCAAAAUUUCGUUACAGUUGAGGAGCAAGGAUGCCUUGGAGCUUUAGAUGGGACAUACAUCAAUGUUCGCGUCCCUCUUGCAGAUAUUCCACGGUACCGUAACAGAAAAGGGCAAAUAACAACAAACACGAUUGCCGUCUGUGAUCAGCAUCUUCGAUUCAUAUACGUGUUUCCAGGAUGGGAAGGGUCGGCGGGGGAUUCCAGAAUAUUACGUGACGCAGUCAGCAGACCACUUGGUUUACAGGUGCCAAAAGGCUGUUAUUAUUUAUGUGACAAUGCAUACACCAAUUGUGAGGGAUUUGUGACACCGUACAAAGGUGUUCGGUACCAUUUGAAAGAGUGGGGUCCCGGGAAUGCAGCCCCUCAAUCACCCAAGGAGUUGUUCAAUCUCAGGCACACGAAGGCAAGGAAUAUCAUCGAGUGUUCCUUCGCAGUGCUUAAAAUGCGUUGGGGCAUACUUCGAAGUGCAAGUUUCUACCCAAUAGAAGUUCAAACAGGGUUGAUUAUCGCAUGUUUCCUACUUCAUAAUUUCAUCCACAGUCAAAUGGAGGUGGACCCAAUUGAGGAGGAAUUGGGUACUGACACGUAUAACGGCAUGGGGGUUGAAGACGAGGAUGCUGUGAUUGAUCUCAUUUGCAGUAUCGAACUAUCUGCAUGGACUAAGAUGAGGGACGACCUACUCAAGCAAUGUGGGACGAGCGAAAACUACAUAUAUUGUUCAUUUUUUAAACAAUUUGAAGUUUAUUUUGUUAUUUCAUUAAUCGAUCAAGUAGUAACUGGAUUAAUUAUUAGUAAUGCUAUAUUGUAUUUGUUGGUUUUCUGGAUUUGCGAUUAUCUUUGAUGUGAUGCUGGGACGAUAAUUGCAACAACUAUGUAGUCUGAGGUGUGCAUCAUAAUACAGCUCCUUCCAAUUGAUGCAUCGUCAAAUCAAUAAAUAUUUACACACAGUGCU